AUGGGAAGGAGGCGGUUGGUGUCUUCUUAUGAUGACACCACACCACGUGCGGCUAGGUGGCAGAGCCCUUGGCAGAGUUCGACUCUUGCAGAGAUUCGGUCGCAGUUGGAUGGCCUGACAUAUAGUGGAGUUGUAUGGCAUCCAUAUGAGGGACAUCGAGGCAUUCGUCCAUUCUUCGACAUCUGUAUGUAUUCUGGAUGGAUUCAGAUUGGUGACACCCUUUCCCGUCAUUUACCUGAGCGUGUGAUGAGGCAAUUUGGGUUAUACCAGAAGAUUCCACGACCACCCACUGCCGUUGCAGAUGCAGAUGUAGUCACUGUUGAUUAUACGUGGUUGCACUUCAUGAAUCACGUUAUUAUGAAUGUGAGACAGGCACCAUACCCUUCUGAAUGUGUCGAUGGAUACAUACAAUGGUUUUGGAGGGCUUCACAUCCCUAUAUUAUUCUUGCUCCACCUCACGCGAGACUGGCUCUUGCGCCUACAUAG